AUGUCUGGCGCGGCGGUCCUUCAAGCAGCAUCCGAGAGUAGCGCAGGCAAAGAUAGCCGUAGGCUAGACUUACAUACCAUUCAGGGCACCUUCAUCACCAAGGGGCUCGGCGAAAGGCCAUUUGUCUUUGACGUUGUGCCCGUAGGCGGAGGGCGCACCUUUGCGACGUGGUACGUCAAAGUCCGGCAACCGACCACGGCAAGCGUCCUAAACGCCGAUGGUCGGUUCGCGUUAAGCGACUCCCAGAAGCCCCUGGGCGCCGUGUGCUUCACCUGCCUCUGCUCCCUCAAGAAUCCCGAGGACACCUACGUAGACAACCAAGGGCAAACCGUGCAGGAACGGUUUUCCGACAUACUGUCCUCCCGACCAGCUGACGCGUGGCCGUACGUCCCGUCCGUGGAUUUCAAGUGGAUGACCAGCCUGUUCCCCAACGCUGGACCCGGUACGUUCCCCAUCCUCGAAAUGCGCAAGGUGGAUAUGGCCGACUACAACGCCGCCCGACCGCCCGCCGAGCGCAAGGAGAUCAUCCUCUAUCGCCUCCUCCGCCCCCUCUCGAGCGAGGAUCCGAACCAGCAUGCGCUGGCUCACGCGUACGCGGCGGACCGCAACGGGCUCUUGAUGCUAGCGCUUGACCACGACAUCGAGCUGGAGGCCGCCGCGACCUUGACUUGGUCGUUCUUCAUGCAUACCAAUGUCGAGGAUGCGCUCAUGCGGCAGGGAGAGUCCGGUGCGGGCGAGUGGUGGAUCCUGGAGGACUCGUUCCCGCGGCAACGCGGGCAGGGGCUACGUUGA